GGCAGCCCGCGCGGACACCCACCAAGCCACAGGUACCCUGAGAGAGAGAGAGAGAGAGGAGGAGGAGGGGGAAUAAAAGAGACGAGCAGAGCAGUAUCGCUGUAGUAGUUAACCCUCGCUGCUGCACAUCACCACCACAUCUUGGUGUCAGUAUCUCGUGAUUUCUAAAAACAAGUUGAUGUGUAAUAACAGAAACGCAUUUGUGUAAUGGUGGUAUAGUAUACAGUGGUGGUGAGAGUGGAGGAGUCAAGUGGUAAAUGAAACUUAAAGUGUCAGUUUCUCACAACGUUUUGGAAAAUUAGUUCGUAGAGGAAAUUUCGUCGGCGACACCGUGAGGAGAUAUAUGUUUGUGAGUGUGUGAGCGAGCUGCUCUCGGUUAGCGCGCCGCCCUGUGACUUAUGUGAUCUUGCCACCCCACCCACAUCCUCAUCCACGCCGCCGCCCACACAUAAAACUUACUACUUUUUCGUUGGGGGUCAUCGCUGGUCCAGUGGUCGGGUGGGGCUGGGCAGCCGGUGUGGCCCACGGGCCGCACUGGCGUCAUGGGCGGCAAGUGUGGGCCACAGUGGUGGCGGGCCGCACAGGUGAAGCAGAAGCAACAAGUAGGUGGCCUGACCGGGCCACCUUCUCACUGACCACCCUCAUGACCCAACAAAAUAAUUACGGUGCGGCCCACCUGGCCACACUUAUGCUGCUGGCCACGGUGGGCGUCGUCGGGGCUGUGGCCAUGCCAGCACCACGCCUUCCUGAGGCCACUAACUCCACCCCACACUACUCGUCACCUGACGACGACUACUAUUACUACGACUAUGACUACGAGGGAGAGGUCGUCGCUCCCCACCUUAACCUCAGCGAGUUUCGUCUACCGGAGGGGGUGGAGGGGACGGGCGCCCCCCACGUCCCACGCUACAUGCUCGAGCUCUACGCCGACCAGACCUCCCACCACGCACCCCCACUCCCCGGCGCCGACCUCGUCAGGAGCUUCAUCGCCAUCACUACAGAUCCGCUAGGGAGUGCAGAAGGAUCUAAGGUUCGAAUCCACACACUUGAGUUCAACCUGACGGUGCCGCGCCGGGAGAGAGUCACGGCAGCCACCCUCAGACUAUACGCCCUUAUCACCCGUGAUCAGUACGCCUACAUCGGCGUGGAGCGGCGCGUCCGUCUGGUGAUAGAGACACAACGGGGUAUCAGCCUGGACGACAUCACGCCGGAGGGCCUGGUGGUGAGAGACACGGAGGGGGAGACCAGUGGCCACGGGGUACAGGUCACAGUGUGCGAGAGAGACAUCUACGAGUUACACAACGCCUGGGAGACCUUCGAUGUGACAUCCGCCGUCAAGUAUUGGCUCUCCCACCGCAACGCACCCCAGCUCCUACAGAUACACAUAGAGUCAGUGUUCUCGACGGUAGGUGAAGGCGGGGACAUGGACGUGGCCACGGCGCCCCGGACGGAGAGUGAACCCCUCCUUCUGCUGUACUCCAACGUCAGGACCCGCCACCAGGCCCGACAGGAACUCAACCUUAUGAUCUCCCACGAGUACCACGACCACCACCAGCAAAAGAGGCGCAGAAGACGACGCUCAACGACAGGUCAGGAGGAGCAAGGAUCGUCGAGGCGUCGGAGGAACGCGGCCGAGCUACAGGAGGAGGAGAGUAACAUGAUCUGGGAGGGCGACAUGGAGGUCCUCGGCCUCCCAAGCCAAGCUCAUAAUUCGCUCGGAGGUCGGGGGGGUAAAGGGCGCCGGGGACGCAAGCGGCGGGCCAAGAACGGUUGCAAAAAGAAGCCCCUGAGAGUAGACUUCAAAGACAUCGGUUGGGACAAAUGGAUCAUCGCCCCGCCGUCUUAUGAGGCAAAUCAGUGCAGCGGCAAGUGCUUCUACCCUUUGGCGUCACACUUGAGCCCCACAAAACAUGCAGUGGUGCAGAACUUGGUGCACUCCCUCCACCCUGACCGCACCUCUCGUGCUUGCUGCGUCCCCACCCUCCUGGGACCCAUCUCUCUACUCUACCUGGAGGAUGGCAUCACCACCUUUAAGUAUGAUUACGAUGACAUGGUGGUGCUGGAAUGUGGCUGUAGAUAGUCGAUGGGGAGAAAUGCAUCAGGGAGAGUCAUGAUGAACCAGUGGUGCUGAUGACAAGCUUCUGGUACUCAGGCACUGUUUGGUGUUUGAACUGUGCAGGAAAACAUUAAGUUGUCUGUGAGAAACUGAUUCAAUGAAAAGUGAUUGAGAAUUCUCGUUUUAAUGUGAUUAAGUACAGUGUUAGAACAUUGGUAGUGUGUUGUCAACCACACCGUGCUACUUUACAGUAUAGAUACUUAAGACAGUAUUUUGUAUCUUCUGAAAUUCAACUGAAAAUAUCUCAUUUGUCUCAGUGAAUAAUGGGCAGUAUGUAAUUUAGUUUUUAUCACUGUAUAUUGCUGUUUGGAGGAGAAAACUAUGAUAUAGUUUAUUAUUAUAUUAAGGAAAUAUUUACUAACUUUAGAUGCACACACAUACACAACACACAGAUUCAUAGAGAAACAAAUGCUCAUAAAAAUAAUAAUUAUUGAUAUUUAUAAGACAAUAAAAUUUGAAGAAAUGCUGUACUGUACAUGAAAUCUCAUUACUUGGUUAAUUUAAAUUAUAGAGGAAGCAACUAAUUAAAUGUGUGGCAGCAAUGGGUGCUCAUCUGAGAACACUGAGCUCUAAAAGAUUAAUAAUGUAGUUUUUUCAUCUAUCUGGAAGUCAGGAUGCAUCUAAUUAUGUAGCUCUUUUUAGCGACAGCAAACAUAUGGCUUUCGUAUGUCGUCAAAACUUCAGACACCACUGUAAUUGUAACUCAAGGGCACUUAUCCUCUAUGGCAACACGAGAAGCAAUUCCUAUCCAGAUUUCUUCAACUCUUGCUACUUCUUCCCAUCAAAAGCAUUAAUCCUUUGGUACAGUAUUUACAUUUAGGUACUGUACAGUUCUGUGUAGGGAAGAUUGAUGGAUUUUUGUACUGAUAAAUAUAAAUCUGUUUAUCUUUAUUGCCAACCUGAUCAAGUACAGUGGAUAUUAUGACCUUUAUUUCAAUUUAUUAGUGAAAUUAUGUAAUAUGCAAAUAGUUUCCUGUCACAUCUGUGGUUGCUCAAAUCUUUUUGCAACUGUAUAAAAUGUUAUCAUUAAUAAUGUAUAAGACAUUUCAGAAUUCUAGUGCACAAUAGAUUUAGUUUUGUUACUAUCAUAAAUGGAUUCCAUCACCUAAUGCAAACUUGUAAAAAUGUAUGAUAAUUCAACUUGAGAUAGUUUCUGGGCACAAAUAAUUAAGUUCUAAGAUAUAAAAUACAUUACUACAUUAAAUUCCAAUGGAAUUAUUCAAAUGUUUUAUAGUUUUACCUUUAAAUACAAAAAGGGGAACAUGAACACAGAUUUAGAAUUUAUAACAAUUCUAUUAAGUGGUUAUUACAUGUUGCCAUACAAUUUACAGUGUAGACUUUCAAUCUAGGGUUUUGUAAGUAAUGAGAAUAAAAAAUAUAUAUAUUUAGGCAUUUAACAAAAUGUUAUGAAAAGUAAUACUGCUGUUUGCAUCACCACAGCAUAUCAAUUUUUUGCCUCCCCAUCUGUAUUUUCAGUGUCUCCCUCAUACUAACUUGUGUGUGUGUCUCUUCUCCCUUGCAUUCCCAGUGUGUUUUCCCACAAAAAAUUUCAAUGUAGUUUACCUCCAUGCAUGGUUAAUAGUUGUGUUUUCAGUAUUCCUCCCAGCAAUAUUAUGGCCUAUAUGCCUCCUCCCAACCCCAUCCCAAGGGUUUUGUGUCUGCACUGGCAAUUACAGGAUUCUUAUUCCUCCACUGCUGUAUCAUCAGUUCCCCCUAAGCAUCCCCACAAUUUCAACAAAUGUGUCUCCCUUCCCCAAUGCAUCUUCAGUAUCACUCUCAGUAAUUUCAAUACAGUAGUUAGUUCCCUCCCCUAUACUGUACUUCUAAUGUCCUUCCCACAAUUAGGCUCAACAUUUACCUGGCCCCUACUACAAAUUCAGUGCUCCCAACUCUAUUAGGAUUUAUUUCCUCCACAUAACACUUCAGGAGUAAGUAUGAUGCAAAACAUUCCCCUGAUUUCUUUGAGGAACAAGUCGUCCUCUGCCUUGGUGGGACUGGCAUCCCUGCUCUAACUAUAACCAGCUAUAGGGAGAAAAUUUACAUUUGAAUCUUGGAGCAAUCAGCAGGUUGACACACACACACAGCUCACGGGUAUCAGUCUACUAUCAGUUUACCAUAAUCACACAUUAUUCACAGCUGCACAAGCUUUACAAUAACCUAUACUCAUACAGACAUGUUGAUACAGUAACACUAAUUUCAUGAUUUUUACCUCUCAGAAGUAAGAAAUAUAGAAGAUUCUAUUUAUUGGAACUGGUUAUGAUAUUGGUGAUAAUUAAUUUUCCAUAUUAUGCUGGAAAAUGUUAGGGAGUGCAUGAAAUGUAUUCAUGUACAGCCACAACUGGAAGGACAUAAUCUGUUAUGUUUGUAUCAAGUUAUUUUGUACACUGACUCCGUUGGUCAUUAGAUAUUAGUAUUAAUGUUAAUGUUAUAAGGUGACAUGGGGUGACAAACUAUUCCUUACAUAUGGGUCUGCAAUAAGCACUUAGGGCAGUCAUGCUAUUGCCAGUCAACUCUGAAACUUGCUAAUGGCUCUGACAUGCAGAAUAAAUAGGAUGCCAGGGUUUUGACAAUUAUAUUAUAAAUACAGUAGACACACCAGAACAGAUACAGUAGUCACAACAUAACUAAAAUGGCUUAAAAUGGAAAUUAUGGCAUAUGAACAGGAGACUGUGAAGUUACCUUCACAGUAAUCAAUUGAUAAAAUUUGGUUAGAUUAGGAUGAACUAUGCAGAGCCAGAAUGCACAGUAAUACAGGUAACUCUGUCUCAGCCAUUUUAUUCACUGCUGCAUCUACCCUUUAGUGAAAGGUUUACAUAGUUGCUGAGUGGACUGAGGCUAUCUAAGAUGUCCAGUACAUAAAAGUGAUUCCCCUAUGUUAGUGUUGCACAUAAUGAGAUUAUUUGUAAUAAAAGCAGAAAAAGAUAUACAACCACAGGCCUCAUGUUUACACCAUAAAAAGAGCACCACUACAGAAAGAAGAUGGACAAGCAUUCCUUUAGUGUAGCUUCUAUGAAUAUUGGUAAUAGGAAUGCUAGACGUCAGUUUCCCCAUGGUGGUUGUGUUUUAUAUGGUAAAGGAUUCAUAUGAUUUACCGGUAUCUAUGGCCAGUGCUGCUUCCAACACCAGACAAAUACUUUUUAUUGCUGAGCAGCAACUCAAUGUUAUAAAAUAAUGUUUAUGAUACCCACCUUGUCUAGGGUGCUCCAUGGUAUAUGUAAUACACAGUUUACUACUUACUGUAUAAGGUGUCAACAUUGAGUAUAACUUGUACAUACAUGUAAGCAGGUGUGGGGUGGCCAAUUAAGAUGUACCUGUUUGGUAGUCACAUUAAAAUAUAUAUGAUUGUCAAUGUAAUGUGAAAUCUCUAAAUCACAUACUUUAUAAAAAUACAGUAUGUUAUGUUUUUUUUUUUGUAAUUUAAGAGUACAAUAUACUGAUUACAUAUAGUACAUAUCCAUGUCAUAUGUCCUAUUUUAGAAACAUCUCAUCACCUUUUUUAUGGAGUUUACAUUUUUCAUUUAUUUGAUGUAAUAUUUUUAUUAAAAUUUUGCUCAAGA